AUGUCGGAGCCCCCGCUGUUUUCUUUAUUUCCCUCUUUUCCUGUUGGUAGGACUUAUUCGUUUGCCAGCUUAGAGUAUAAAGCCGCAGGCAGUGAUUGCGACUUCGUAUGCGUGCAGCGAAGAAGAGGCGCCGUCUGGGUUGACGCCACUGCGUCGCCCCGACCAGAUGCUUUAGUUAUUCUCAGUGGUGGUGGCGGCGGCGGCGACGUGGAGAGAGAGAGAGAAAGGCGUACCUACCUUGAACGGGCCUCUGGAAACCUGUCUGUAAAACCGGGUUUUUUCGAAGUAUUUCAUUUGGGAAACUAUGAAAUUCACAUUUUGCGGUCCAUGUUUCUCGCAGUUACGGAUGAGGCAUGGGUGACGUUGGCAACGAACGACACCUAUGCGCUCGGAGCUCUGGUUUUGGGACAUUCCUUGAGGCGCUUCAAUACCAAGAGAGGUCUUGUUGUCAUGGUCAGCCCACAGGUGUCGCCCAACAUGCGAGGUAUCUUGGCUGAUGUUUACAACGAAGUGAAGGACGUGAAUGUCCUGGACAGCAACGAUCGCAGCAACUUGGCACUGAUUGAGAGGCCGGAUCUUGGAGUAACAUUCACGAAACUGCACUGCUGGCGACUGACUCAGUAUUCCAAAGGAGUCUUCCUGGAUGCGGAUACCAUGGUGAUGCAGAAUUGUGAUGAGCUGUUUGAGCACGAUGAGCUUUCAGCAGCUCCGGACUGUGGUUGGCCCGAUUGUUUCAACUCCGGGGUGUUUGUGUUCAAGCCGAGCGAAGAAACGUACCAGAGUUUGCUGAACUUCGCGCUCACUCACGGCAGCUUCGAUGGCGGCGAUCAAGGUCUUCUCAAUUUGUUUUUCCACGACUGGUCGAGGAAGGACAUCAAGAAGCAUCUUCCGUUUGUUUAUAACAUGGUUGCUACUGCGACUUAUUCUUAUUUGCCUGCCGUCAAACAAUUUGGCAAGGAUGUGAAGAUCGUUCACUUCCUUGGGGCCACAAAACCCUGGAUGCAUCAAUACGACCCCGUUUCCGGAAAGGUAUCAGUCUCUGGAGAAGCCCACCAACAUGCUCACGCAUACCUGACGCAGUGGUGGGACUUGUUCGGUGCUGAAGUCUUACCUCGAAUGACCGGCGAUUAUGGACUGAUUGACAACAUUUAUUUCAUGGCCUCCCUGAGAAGUAUUUUGCCUAGUUGGAUGAUUUACAACGAAAAUGCGGAAGCGGCGUAUAGGGAGACUCUAGUCGCGUCCGAAGCAGCUCCGCAACACGGUCAAAGCGCAGCGUUGUUCAUUGAAAGUUUUCAACCGGAUUCCUACGUAUGGCAUGAGUUCUCCAAGCAACAAGAGCCGGUGUUUGAAAGACCUCCGAGUCCGGUUCGGGAACCCGAAGUUCACCAUCACUACGAGCACCAGCAUCAUCACCACGAGCCUCCUCGUCCGCCGCCUGCCAUGGAACCCGAGGAGAAGUUUCCGUGGGGCGAGUUCCGGCACGAGAGAUUCACUCCUGAUUACAUUAUCGAGAAGAGACAGGAACACGAUCAUCACCAACACCACCACCAUCACGAAAGUUGGCACCAUGCUAACGAUUAUGGGAUCCCGGUGCCAAUUGACAGUUUCGGAUACGGCGAGAGUCUUCCUGAACCCGUCAUGGACCAAGUGGUACCCGAACAGAACAAUGAAUAUCGCCACGAACACAACCAACAAACGUCGUGGAAUCGGGGAAACGUCUGGGACGUGUUUCCAGUCGGCGGACCGAACCUUCGAGAGCCGAUUUACAACCCAGUUCAGCCAGCUGUGAAACCUGACACCAGGGAGCAGUUCGAGAAAAGCGACAAACGAAGGCCGAUGAUUUGGCACCUGCAUCCGAUUGGAGGCCCGAAAGUCCCGUUGGAAAAACGGAUUUCACGGCACUUCAAGAAAAGCAAGAGUCGUUUGGAGGCUGAAAAGAAGCGUGUGGCCGAAGCGCAGAGACGCAGAGUCGUGGAAGCCGAAGCCCAGGAAGUGAAGGACGUGGAGACGCUUAAACGGGAGAAUCUCUUCGGUCUCAAGUUCACGAAAACGCGUCGCGUGUCCACGAAGGUUCAGGGCUCUCAGAGUGACUCACCGUAUAGUUUUUCGUCAGUGUUGACUCCGUGUUCGGGAAUGUUUCGCGGGAAAGCUGUGAAACUGGUCAAUGGAUCCCCAGUAGUGGUGAAGGCAUCCGAGAUUUUGGACGACAAUAUUUCAGCAGAUCAGAAGAUGUUUAUAUUGCCGAAAGCUCGGUCUUCUCGCGUUCCCGUGACGUGUUUCGGUAGUCACAGACGUGACGACAAAGACGGUUUACAAUCCCUCAGAUUACGUCCCCAUGAUGACGGUGUUGCAGCGACGGGGGCAUCGCAGCAGUGCGCAGCUGGUGGCGUGAAAGGCGGUCUAUAUCCAAUGCAUCUUGAGUUUUUUCUUUCAUCUCUCUGCGGUUGUGUCCUUCUUCGUUAUUUGUUCGGUUGUUCUGGCACAAUGUCUGCUGAUGAUGGUUGCGGGAUGAGUCUAACCAGCUUUGCUUAUGGGAUUGCAUCGGAGCUCGUCAGAACCAGCGGUGGUGGUGUUGUGGCCGGUCUGGCCACUGCGGUCGCUGGGUUGCGUCUGGUGACCGCCGAUGGCGGCGCCUACGGAGGCGGCAACGGCAGGACCCAGACGGAACAAGAGCGCUACCAGGCCUGGGAGAAGGGCAGCAUGGACUACAUGGGCACGGACUCGUUUGCCAACAUCCAAGCGAAGCUGGACGCUGCAGUCUCUGCCCCAAAGCCUGAGAAACUGAAACAAAGCAGCAGCACUACAACGGAAGAGAUCUGAUGUGUUUGAAAAAACCGGGACUUUGCGCGGGUUGCUGUUCGUGUUCCUCAAAGAAAGAAGAAAAAAACGCCGAAACUUCUCCUCCUCCUUUUCAGCACGUGGUGUUGUGAAACUUUUUUUUUUCUCUCGCUAUUUCGAGUUGUUCUUCGAUCGAUCGGUCGAAAGAUGCUAUUUUUUAAUUUUACCUGUGCCUUGUACAUAUCGUGCGCCACGAGGUCUAACUUGUCCUGAUGAUCGGUGCUUGGUGUAUUUGUUGAAUUAAGAAAGUGGAUGAUGCUUCCAGCAUUUCGAAAUGGAAUUUGGAGGAGGAUGUCGGGGUUCGAGCUUGCAUUAAUUUCUGGAAUGCGGAAGUUGAGCAGUUUUUUUUUUUGUGGCUUAUUUCAUGGAUCUGUUAAAAGAUUUUCUGUUUACUCGUGGAUAUUGGAGAGGAGGAGAAUAAACUUGGGGAAGUUCCCGGUAUUUGAAAAAAGAAA